GUUGUGACCGAUGUCCUGGAGGGCGACGCUCGUCCCCAGGAGGCAGAGGGGACAUCUGGGGUGGGUGCAGCCCCAGCCCGGGAGAGAGAAUUCCGCCACUCACGCCCCAUGAGGCCAGCCCCUCUCUGGACCCCCAUCUCCUCAUUUGUGAAAACCCCCUCAGGUUUUGGGGGUGACGGGCUCCGUGAAUGGGGUGGUCCAUGGGUGAUGGAUGCUGAGGGACAGAUACGCAGGGGCUGGGAAACAGAGCAGGCGGCAGGUGUGGCCCCUGAGGUGGCAUUUCUGGACUCUAGCCAUCUUCGGGUGUGAACUUUUCAUUUUGCAGACGGGGAAAUUGAGCCUCGGGGGUGGCCCUAAGGGAGGGGGGACAGAUCCUUCCUUGCUAUUCCAGGCAGCUGCCCCCCCCCACACACACCGUUAUUCCUGCGGCCACUGCCCCGGCUCUCCGUGUCCCUGGGCUGGCCCCUGGGCUCAGAGCUCAAACCCGCUGUGUGCUCCGGCCGGGUGCGGCCCUCUCCGCCCAGUUCCUUCUCUGCUGCCCGGGAGAGGCUCUAGCGGCGCCCGAGGGAGGCAGCGCAGCCUCCAGCCGGCCCAGGGCCAAGUCAGGAACCAGGCCAGGGAGCCCCGCCCCAGGGCCGGCCCUGCGCUGGACAUUUCGCAACGGCCGAGCUGCGGGCAGAGCGGGACGGCCAGGAGGAGGGCGGCUUGUCCGGGCCUCAGGAUGGACCCCUUCGAGGACACGCUGCGGCGGCUGCGGGAGGCCUUCAGCGCGGGGCUCACGCGGCCGGCCGAGUUCCGGGCUGAGCAGCUCAGGGGCCUGGGCCGCUUCCUACAGGACAACAAGCAGCUUCUGCAGGACGCGCUGGCCCAGGACCUGCACAAGUCAGCCUUUGAGUCGGAGUUGUCCGAGAUCGCCAUUAGCCAGAGCGAGGUCACCCUGGCCCUCAGGAACCUGCGGGCCUGGAUGAAGGACCAGAGAGCGCACAAGAACCUGGCCACCCAGCUGGACUCGGCCUUCAUCCGGAAGGAGCCCUUCGGCCUGGUGCUCAUCGUCGCGCCCUGGAACUACCCGCUGAACCUGACGCUGGUGCCCCUGGUGGGGGCCCUGGCCGCAGGGAACUGCGUGGUGCUGAAGCCGUCAGAGAUUAGCACCAGCGUGGAGAAGGUCCUGGCCGAGGUGCUGCCCCGAUACCUGGACCAGGUGAGCAGGGCCGGCAGGCUGGGCGGCCCCAGCAUGGAAGGGCCUGUCGGUCAGACCUGCGUCCCAACCACCCCACAGCCUCAGUUUCCCUCUGAGGAGCCUGUCCCCUGGGGUCCCAUGUCUGCCUCUGCUCUGCCCUGCUCGCCCUGGCCUGGCCUCAGCCCUCCCUGCAGCCCGGCCAGACCCAACCUCGCCCCUGUUGGGCUGGGCCUUGGGGAGCAACCCACUCCCACUCCCCUGCUGCCCACCUGGAGGCCUGGCGACUCGGGGUCAGGCCAGGCACGGGGCCAGGGGCCAGGAGGGCAGGCACGCCAGCCUCUGGGCUCUCGGGGCUGGGAUCCCAGAGGAGCUUCCGCCUGUCCCGCCUUGCAGAGCUGCUUUGCCGUGGUGCUGGGCGGGCCCCAGGAGAUGGGGCAGCUGCUGGAGCACAGGUUCGACUACAUCUUCUUCACAGGCUGGGAGCAGCCCUGGACCCCAGGACCCCUCAGGAAGGGACGGAGCCCCACGUCCAGGGCCACAGCCUGUCCGCCAGCCACAGUCUCAUGACUCACAGCACCUGGCCGUGCUGAGCUCCCGCUGUGCCAGGCCCUGCAGGCAACCUUACUAGUCCCACAGCCAGCCCUGCAGGCAGGCAGAUGAGAGAUAGGAGGCUCAGGGUGAUGAAGGGACACAGUGCCCUACCUGGGGUCACCACGCUGGUAGGGACAAGGGCAGGCUGGGAUUUGCACCCAAGUCGUCGGUGAGAGGGGUGCUCACCGGCUAUCAUCCUGGCACAUGCCCGCACGGCACAGACACUGUCUGGCUUCAAGUGACCAGGACAAGUUUCUAGAAGAGACGAAAGAGCCGAGGAGGCCAGGUCCGAGUGGCUCCUGGCUGGCCUCCCACGCUGCGCACAGGGUCAGAGCAGGGGCUAUAGCUUGGCCUCCCCUCUCCAGACUGUGCCUCCAGCCCAGGAAAAGCCCCGCCUGCCCCCAGCUGCUAACAGAGAGGGGACAGAGGGGGCACAGGGAUGAGGCCCUCAACUGGCUCGAAAGGAGGCCCCAGGAGGCAGCUUCCAGACCAGGCACCCCAGCUGCCCGCACAGAGGCUGACAGACCCAGCUGGGACCCCAACUGCUCCGGGCCUCAGUUUCCCUCCCUGUAAAAUUGGGGCCAUCCCCAAGACAGGGCUGCAGGCUGAGGGUGAAAGCAGUGACAAUGACAUCCUAUGUGGCACACGGAGCCACUGGGAAGCUCCUCGGGCUGUCCUUCACGGCACAGCAGGGACUGGACGGACAAAACCUCGAGGUCUUGAGUCAGCGAGGGGCGGAGAGCAGGCAGGGCGAGGAUGAGAACGUGGGGCUGGAGGAGGGGCCGUGGUGGGGAGGGCCUGGCAGGACUGGCCAGGCCACCUCUGUGCAGAGACAGGAGGAGCCAAGGGAGAGCCACAGCGGGAGGGGCAGAGGCGAGAGCAAAGAAGUGACAGGUGGGCCAUGUGGCCCUGAGCCUUGGCCGUCCCAGGAGAUGAGGUGGCUCGGGCCCUGGGCCAGGCCUGGGGAGCAGGUCCUGAGGCCCCACGGGUCUGAGGCAGAGGACAUGGGGGGACGAGGGAGACUGUCAGGACCACGAGGUCAGCACAGAGGACGGGGGAGGCUGAGCCGGGAGAGACAUUGGGAUGACUGCAUGGCCCUGGCCAGUCCACUCAGAGGGUCAGUAGGGAGGGACAGGCGGACGGUGAGGGUGGCAGAGCUGCCAGGUUUAGGUCAGAGAGAGGAGAGACCUAGACGUCACAAGACGAAGAGCUGGACUCCAGCCUUGGGUGACAGGGGGUCCCCAAAGGUGAUAGAAGGGAAUGGAGACGUGGGUAGGGUUCCACGUGGCAUGUUGCAGAGCCCCCUGCAAGGUGAGCAGGGUGCGGCGCGGAGGCAGGUAGGAGCCGAGGGGCCCAGCUCGGGAGGGGGAGCCAGGGGCAGCCGCGUCUUUCCUCCCCCAGGCUCUGCGCCCCGAGCGGGGUGGGGAAGGGUUGAGCAGAGUCCUGGACUACAAAGUGGCAGCCGGUGGCAAGGAAAGGCCAGGCCAGGGCCAGCACCGACCCCACCCCACCACCUCUCCAGGGAGUCGUGAGUCCCCCAGGCCCAGGCCAUCCCACCUGGUCCAGGUGACCCAA